AUCCAGCGUCUCCAGCCCUUGGGUGUUGUUUCUUUCUUAUUCUUUCAAAGGCUUUACUUUUAGAACAGUUUGGGUUUACAGAAAAGUUGAGAAGAUAAGACAAAGGCAUUUCCAUAGACCUGUCACCCACUCUCCCCUGCUGUUAACAUCUUCCAUUAGUACGGACUUUUCUUCCUAUUAACGAACCACUAUGGAUAACUUAGCAUGCACUGAAGUCCUCAGUUUAUUUAGAUUUCCUUAGCUUUUAUCCAGAGUCCUUCAUCUGUCCCAGGAUCCUAUCCCACGCUGCAUAGAGUUAUCAUGUCUGCUUAGGUUCCCCUUGGAUGUGGAAGUUUUAAGGAGUGCCGGUCAGGUAUUUUGUAGAAUGUCCCAAUAUUGGAAGUUGUCUGGAAGUUGCUGGGGUCAUUGGAUCACUGUGAGGGAGACCACAGAAGCACAGUGACAUUUUCACCACAUCACACUGAGGGUACAUACCAUGCAAAUGAAUAUGGCUGUUGAUGCUGAGAUUGAGCACCUGGCUGAGGUGGCAUAGGCAGGUUUCUCUCCCAACCCUUUCCAUAUGGAAGGAAAUCACUAUAUGCAGCCUGUACCUGAGGCAGGUGAGAUAGUUAUGCUCCCUAUGCUCCCUGCAUGAACCCAGCCCUUGGUUUUAAGCCCUCUCUCUCUUCAAGGUGGCUUGACCCUGUGCUUCUAGAAGCAUCUUUUUUCUAGAAGAGUCCACCCUGAAUUUCUACCUGCUGACAUUCUUUUUACAUAAUGUCGACUCUCUCUGUCCCUGACAUAGCUCCUCAAACUCUUUGGAUACUAUCCGCCCUUUUCCUUAACAUGUGGCUUGUGAUAUUGUGAUUUAUAGUAAGAACUAUAUAUAUGGUCUUCAUUCCUGUUCCUGGCACAGAGCUCCUAAAUCCCUUGGAAUUUCCUGAGUUAGAUGAAUGACAAAGAUGUUUUGCUAUUCCUAACAACCCCCUUUUGACCACUCCUGAGGUUAUGUCAAAGAGAUAACUUUUGGACUACCUCCAAGGAGAGGAGAGGAGCUGGAGAUUGAAUCAAUCACCAAUGGCCAAAGGUUCAAUCAAUCAUGCCUAUGUAAUGAAGCCUCCAUAAGAACCCAAAAGGAGAGAAUCCAGGCUUGUACGACAAACCCUCCCUCUCAGCAGUGCAGGGCAUGGUGGUGAUGCUGGGAGAGAAUAUUUCCCUGCAGUGCAGCUCAACAGACAUCCCAUUUGAUAGAUUUUCACUGACCAAAGAAGGAGGAGCCACCCUGUCACAGCACCAAAGUGGGGUACACCAAGGCAACUUUAUUCUAGGCCCUGUGAACCACAACUUCUCAGGGAACUACAGGUGCUAUGGUUGGUACAGUGGCAGCCCUUAUGUGUGGUCAGCCCCCAGUGAUGCCCUGGGGCUUGUGGUCACAGAUAUAAUGAACCAAGAUUACACAAUGGAGAAUUUGAUCCGAAUGGGCGUGGCAGGACUGGUCCUUGUGGCUCUCUUGGCCAUAGUCAUUGGAAAUUGGCACAGCCAUAAGGUUCCAAACAAGGAAGACUGGCCAGAUUUUCCUGAACUGAGCCGGAGUAAACACAAAUGUCAGACUGGACCUUUGGACAAAGCCUUAAGAGACACCAGGGCCUUGCGUGGAAAAGCAUACUGUAAACCUGGGAAUAAAAAGACCCUCCCCUCCUAGAAAAAGACUACGUUGUCUGGUAGCCAUGAUGACAAAAAGCCGCCGGAACCAGUUUUUCACUCAUCAGCAAUGACCACUCCCCUCAAUGAAAAACGCCCUGGUGAUUCAACCAAUCAGCUCCUUGCUUCUAAAUGUCAGCCAAUCAGAAACGGAUUUACUUCAGUAACUGCACCUGUGAGUGACAGCCAACCCUUCAGAAGGGAAACAAAAAUAAUAU